ACCUCAACGUAAGAAUGAAGCCAUUUGCUGCAGAUAAUAUUCUGCUGCAAUCUAAUAGAUCACAGUUCUAGAAAUAUUUUUAAGUGCUUACACAAUUGAAGUAGUUAUUUUCUUACCUUUAAUUUGCUGGUCAAUUUUUCAUAUAGGAGAAAAUGUACUUCUGUGGCCCGACUCCUUGACUUUCUCUGUGGUCAAACUCCCAUUAAAGCUCCGAGGGAUGCAAAACAUUUUUAAUUUUUUUUUUUUUCCUGAUAAUGAGACCCAAUGUUUAGGUCAUAGAUUGUGGAAAUGGAGUGAAGAGGUAAAAAGCUAAAAUCUCUUUGUUCAGUCCAAAGCUUGAAUAGAUGUUACUCCUUUCUUCCCAUGAAGUACCCCUAAUAUCACCAGUCUUCUGACAGACCUGAAGAAAUCUGACUGACUGGCUGUUGUGGUGGUUUCAAUCCUGUUGGAUGGAUUUUCAACUACGGAUCAUUAGCCUGAGACUUUGACUGGAAAGCAUAGCUACCACAAACCACUCCAAGAUUUAUGGAAAUGUCGAAAGUAACACAGCAGAGAUCCAGUGUUAUGGAAGAACUCUCAUGUGUGCAUAGUAAUAUAGGGUCCCAAGCAAAUAAUAGGACAGAUAACAUAUAGUACAAGUCAUAUAGUACAAGUAAACCAGAAUUUCUGCUCUAUAUCUAACAUAUUUUUUGUUAUGCAGUGUUUUGCUUGGUGUAAAAAGCAAUAUAAAUUACAAGACAGAAGAUAAUCAGGCUGUGGCAGUUAAGAAGAAUGCCAAGUCUGACCACAGUUGUUUCUAAAUAUUUCAAAUAAUUUCUGUUUCUGACAGAGUUAUUGACAGCUCAAGGUUACUGGAGAUGCAAAUUGUGAUAUUAAUAGCAGCUUUAGCAAUACAUACGUUUGCUUCUUUUGGAAUAAGAAUCCAUGUUUCUUUCUAAAACAUAUUCAACACAUUUUCAAACCUUACCUGAAUCUCAAUAUGUAGCAAAUUUAAAUGUAUUACCAAAACCCAAAUACAAAAUAUAACAAACAUGGCAGAUUCUUAACAAAUUUCUAGAGAUCCUUGUUAUUCAAAGGCAAUUUCUAGGUUUGGUGUCAUUUAUUGUGGGUCUCCGGACUGGUAAAGCCCACUUCAAUAACAACUGUCCUGCAAGAAUAUGAGCAAAUGCAAGCUUGGUUAUGUCUUCCAAACUGCCCGGAAACAUCUCAUCCUGUAGCCAUAUUUACUACAGAACAGAUGACGUCGACUUUGUCAUUUUGAAUCACUUGCCCUUUCAGAAGGUAAGAACGUCACAGUCCAAAACUUUCCUUAGUUAUUUUUUCAGCCGAUGAUGUUGACCUACCUUGUCGUUACAAGCAUACGCUUGUCUGCAGGUUGAAAAUUACUAUCGGGCAAGAGCAAUUUUCAUCGACCUGUUCUUGAGCUUCAGCUUUCACUGUUUUGGCGUGAGGUUUUUUUUUCAUCUGAAAGGAAGAUUUAUUUCCUGUGCCUAUCAACCAGCAUCACUACAUUGAUUUUGGAAGCCUUCCUCCUGCCCACCAUUUUGUUGGGUGCAUUCUAAUACAUAUCAAAGUGUACUAAAUCCAUGUCUUCAAAAUGCGUUUCUCUUCAGGUCUGAUUUUCAGCAUUCCUGCUCUUUCAGUGCUGAAUAGUCAUUCAGCCAUAGAGAGGGAUAUAAAUGAAUUAUAAAGUUGUAUAAAAUAACCAGUGGAGGGGAGGGCUCUUAUCUAUCCUUAUAAAAACAAUGGGAGCGCUGAAAGAAAAUUCAGAGGCAAAGUUGUGAAACACAAAAAUAAAUAUAUGCCCUGUUUUAAUCAAUGAACGCGUUGUCACAAAAUAUACAAGUAUCAGAACACCAAAUAUUCAGUGUUGAUUCAUGUGAACCUAUACCCUUAUAUAGGUAACAAACACUUCUAUAGUUAUAUUUGAAGGAAUAAAACUAUAGAAGAGUUAGAAACCUACAGCUUUCAGGAGUCAUCCAAUUACCAAUGGUUUGAGUUCAGCAGACUAUUCAGGCUUUGGCCAGCUUCUCUAUUAUAAAAUAUUUUCCACUUUGUUCUAAAAUGUUGGGAGGUGGCUGCUAUCAGAUAUAGCAGCUGAAGCCAGAUAAGCCAUUGCUGUAUUGGUUCAAAGACUCCAUUUCUGUUCUCAAAUGACCAUAAAUCCAGAACAUCCACUGAAUUAGAAACUUGGUUUCAAAUUAUUAACUUUUCCACACUGAGGAUAAAAUUUCAAAAGCUCCUAAACGGCUUUGGAGUGUAAAUCUAGUUUUCACAAAAUAUUUGGAUGUUUACUUAACAGAGCUAAGGACCCUAAGAACCUCUCAAAAGCGAGGUGAAACACUUGUCCACAUACAAAGACUACAGUAGGUAGGAGAGAACAGUAAGAAUUUGACACGUCGUAGCUGUUCCUCACCAGGUCCCUGUGCUUGCACUCUAUACACUACAGCCUCGUAAAGCAAAGUCUGCAGUUUCACAGGUAGUUUGCACUGGAAGUUAAUGCAGAAUGUAUUCUUUGGUCCUUUAUUGCUCUUUAGAUUCACUUUCCCUGCAUGUGAACACUUAGACUCAUAAGUAUUUUAGCCACUUAAAGCUGUUAUUUGAGUGCAGUUUACUGCUGUUUAAUCAGCUAACCAGAAAGGAUAUAAAAAUAAGGCAAGGCCAGAUAAUCCCUCUUUAGGAAAUGAAGGUCUCACGGUUGAGUUAUCAACCCGAGAAAAUGGGAGUUCAGCUCUUUGCUGUAACACAGCCCUCCUUUGCCACUUGGGGAGGGCAUUUAACCUCCCAGCUCACCAUCUCCUACCUGGAGGUGAUAGCGCUUCCUUUCUCCCUUGUUUUGUGUGUCUUUGUCUCUUUGGAUUAUGAACUCUUGUGAGACAGAACCGUUUCUUUCUGUGAGUAAUGACUGGUGCUGCAUAGCUGAAACUGGGAAUUACAUGUCUAGAUAGUAUUAUAAUCAUAAAUAAUUAAUACUUUUCCUCAUGAGAGGAAACAACUACAUUCAGUGGAAUUAGUCAAAAUGUAUUUGUUUCACUGUCACCAAGAUAGGUACCUCACCUGGUAGGUUGCUUUGCCUUAGGGCCUACUGACAAACGUAAGCGCGCUUUAGGCUCUGAAUCAUGCUGUAAUCUGAUGCUGCCAAAAAGCACUAAAAUGUAAAGAAUAAAAAAAUCCUAAAAGCUCCUCGUUUCAAUAUUUUACACCUUUUGACUAUCUCUUUGCUCUAACCUUUCAUCCUCUUUCUUUAUCGCACAAUGGCAUCCUGUUUUGUGCAUCUUUCAGUGUCGCAUUGAGAGCAAACCCAGUGCAAACUCAGACUGAAAUGGUGGCACCAGUUCUAACCCUGACCAUUUGUCUGCCUGUGAACAUUUAUUCGAGAAUUAAAUUAUCCUAUUUUGGUUUUUAACUAGGUACAAAUGGAAAUCAGCUAAUUGGAUAGAAAUCCUUUUUAGUUCGGAAUACAAAUAAAGCCACAUGUGUACAGAAGUUUGCUAUUUAAAUGGGUUUAUCUACAUCAGCACAAAUUUAUUACUAGACUAAAUCAGAAGUUGUCUCCAUUUGGCAAAGUGUGAUACAUUUUUACAGAUAUAACCCAGCUGCAAAACAGCAGAGCUGUGUUCACAAGCAGGAUCACGUCCCAGUUGUAAGUAAGCAAGCACGCUGUAACCUUUCAUGGUGUGGAGUCAUGCAGGUCACUGGUGGGCAUCUGGCCUUUGAGCCAACACGCUUGAUUUUGCACUGCAGUGGCAGAGGAGUGUUCAAGGAUGUGCUGGUGUGAUUGAAAACGAGUUAAUUUUACUCAUGCAGUUAGAAACCUUUCUUGUUUGUAGCUAGCAUGGUCAUUGUUUAGAUUUAGUUUGAGAACAAGAAGGUAACACCCUGGAACAGAGUUAAUGUUUGUAAUUGCUCUGGUCUGGGAGCUGAGGCCUCUGAGCUCUGCCUACAGGUGUGAGACAUCGAGGAAGGGGGCAGAGAUGGGGCAGAGCUUGACUGAAAACCAGACUGAUCAAUGAGAUUAUUCCAUCUCAUCAGCAUCAUGCUGCGUGUUUGAGGAGAGCUGGAACUUUAUAGCUAGGGAGGACAGAGGGAGGCGGAGACCUGUUCUGGUUCAGCUCCGUUUUGGUGGAGUUCUAUUCAGGAGUUCCUUUAUUUUGGCCUUUUGUCAUUCUGCCAUUUUACAGAGGCCUCUGGGCCUUUCUGCCUUCUUCUCUCUCUGGGAUCAGCCGUUCAGGACCCAGGUGCUGCUGCCUGGGACUGGCUGCUCAGUGCAGAUGAAGGAAUUGCAUUGAGAAUCUUUUAUCUUCUAUUUUCCAUUUUAUAUAGUAGUAGUAGUAGAUGAGUAUUAUUUAGUUAUUUUAUUAAACUGUGUUUAUCUCAAUCCACUAGUUUCUCCCUUCCCUUUUGAUUCUCUCCCCUAUUUUGGAGUGGGGACUGAGUGAGCAGCUAUUGUGGUUUUCAAUUGCUAGCUCAGCUUAAACCACAGCAGGUUAACUCCACUAUGGGACCAGGGUGUAAAAUCAGAAGGGAAGUAAAACAACCUGGGGAGUUAGUAUAUUAAAAAGUGCCAAACUGCUGCAAAGUGGAUACAUGUUUAACCCCUGUUUCUUCUACCACCCUUGAAUUCGACCACUUGAUAUUUCAGUUCUAGAUCCUUGACUUAAACACUCAAGUAGACUUUGUGUUUUAUACAUAAGUACAUAUUUUCUACAAGAUUGCAUGAGACGAACUAUAAAGGAAUCUAAGGUUUUUCCAUAUUCCUUUUAUUGUCCAUUUAUAAGCCUUUAAAUACUUUGGAAUUUGAGUUCAUACUCCUUGAUACACACACUCACACAAGCUACCUAGAAGCUAAAUAAAUUCUUGUCUGUUAAUAUAAUUAACAAAGGGACACGCUCUUCUGUUUUCUCUGUAUUUACCGCUUUUAGCAGGUCCAGCUAAUAUUAUUUAUGGGAUUUUACUGAGCACAAAAAGGAAGCCAUAUUGCUGAUCUGCAGUGGUUUUUCUAACAAGUUCAUUUAAAAUUCAUUUUUGACAAGUGCUGCUGGCAGGGUCACAGGAGCUGCUGUGGGGUCAUUAAAGCCACAUCACCUCAGGUCAUUUGAGAGCCUUUUUUCAAGGGAUGUUGAAGACAUUCCCUGGAUGUGCUUGUUCUUUGACUCUUUGGCCUUGAAAACCUAAAUGCAGUCAGCGAGGUCUGCAGGAGAAAAAUGAAAGCUGGUAAGUCCUGGUUGUCAUCCAGAGUGCUUUGCCUUCGAAUAUCCAUGAAGGAAUCUGUUGUAUUUUCUGUCAUGGCUUUGCCUUAUGAGAACAGACAAUGUCCCUGUAAGUUAAUUAUUAAACAAGGUUGUUACAUGGUAUUGGAAAAUAUGAAUCACUCUUUCAACACCUGUUGCCUUUAAGUAGAAGCAGUAUUUAUUCUCCAAAAGCUUCCUGAAGAGGUAGUGGCAACAGCAGAAUUUUAAUGUACUUUCUCUCAUUCAUCAUUUGAAGCCUACAACAACAAGCGAUGAAUAUUUGAUGAACCUUGUCAAGCUUCCUUCAGGUUGUAAUAGCAGUUUUAUAAGCUUCAAAGAAGUUCAGAAACAAUUUGUUACGACCGUUCCUACUUUUUUUUCUCUGUGAGCACUCAGCCCAGUGCUGAGCACUGAUACAUCAUUGGUGUAGAAAGUCUUGUCCCUGUGUUUCUAGUGCAAAUGAAAACCUGUGUAGCAAACAUUAGAAAAAUAUUUUCCAGAGAAGUCUCAAUAAAAGCUGACAGGCUACAGGGAUCCUUUUAAAGAUUUUUAUUUUUUAAUUACUAUUUUUUAAAAAAUAUUGUGGCUUUAAGUGUGCAUUAUUGACCAUGUCUAGACAAUCUUAUCCUGGUGCACUGGGAGUGAUUAUGAAUUGCUGAUGCUUUCUUCCUGCAGUCAUAGGGCUCUGUUUUCUCUCUGCGACAUUUUUUAACAUCCAAGAAACAUACUUCUAUCUCCACCAGAUAUCGUGUACUCAAAUGAGGACAGUAUUUUUGUCACUUCUUGUUUUGUCAACUUGGUUUUGUGGCUCACGCUGCUAGAGGCUAAAGUCUGAACUACUGCAUGCAAGCACUGAGAACUCAAAGACCUGGAAAUUUGUUCACUACUUGCACAACCUUUGCAGUCACCGAUACUGUUUGCUACAACAAUAACUGGUCCUUUUAAAAUUGUGCCCUGCAACUUUAUGAUUUGCAGAAAGUCUGGAUGUAGUUUCUUGCCUAUAUUAAGGCAUCUUGGUAUGCCUACCUUGUUUCAAGUCUUUCAUGAAGACACAACAGUGCCUUGCAAAGCCCAAAUCGAGCAGAGCUGCUUUGCCGUGUCCUUGCCAAUGAUUGGGAGCGAUGGGCUCUUGGUAGGACUCCAUCCUGCCUUGCUGAUUCUGGCUGCUGGAGUGGCUCCUUGGGAAGUGCUGUUAGCUGUCCCAUGCCAAGAUCAGGCUUCUUUUUAUGUUGAAUGAUAGACUACUCUGCCAGUUCUGGCUUUGUUUCUCCAGUGUUUCAGUUCAACAAAACACUAAAGUGAUAUUGUAACCCUGAAGAGGUGGAGCAAAAAUGUACAAGUUGUUUAAUGGUCUUUUGCUGAUCAGUAGUGAGGCUACAAACUCCUUAUAUCCUCUCACAGGAGACAGGUAUUUAUCAAUUCUACCCAACUAUGAACAUUUCAGUUUCAGUCACUGAUGACUUAACUUGCAGGCUGCAAGUGCAGAGGUGAAUUUGUCAGGAAAGCUUCUUCAUCAAUAGUGAGUGAAAGAGCUGGUACUGGAAGUGAUGCGUUCUUCUGUUUUAAGCCUGACUUUUGAGUCUGUGGUUUCUUUGGCAUGUUCAGAAAACUCCCAUAGUAUUGGUUUGCGUACCCCUCUUCUCAUGAGGAUCCAACUCACUGGCUUCUUGAUCCACCUAAAAUCAGGUGGCUGAACUUCCACCUGUCUCUUUGCUCCUUCAAAAGCUUCCUUCAUUGCCUGUCUUCUCAGUUGCUGCUAGCUGGUGUCUGGAGCUACUUUUAUUAAAAAUGUGAAGAUUGUGUAUUUACAUGAGGUGUCCAUGCAUAAUUCAGACAGCAUAAUCCCAGGAAACCAGAGUAUAGAUGAGGUGGCUGUUCUGUGUCUUCACUGCAGGCAAAGGAGACUGACCUCAUCCUGUGACAGUUGCCAAUCUUUGGUAACCCUAAGCCCUGUGAAGUGCUUAGCAUGAUCAUAUCAGUGGAUGUUCAUACAGAGCUGUUCAUACUGACUGUCUAGCUCAGUAACCUAUUUCCUACAGUGGCCAGGGUCUUAGAAGAACAUGUAACAGUGAGUUAAUAGAUGUGGUAUUAUCUGUCCCUCAUGUUAAGUCUCAUCCUGACCUCUUAUAGCUGAAGAUUAUUAAAAGCUGCUGAAGCCUGAUGUGAACAUCCCUGAAGUAUUAAUUAUAUAUAUAGAUAUAUUUAUAUAUACAAAUACCUAAUUAAAUUUUUGGUUUUAUAUUGCCAGGGGCUCUAGAAUUUUAUUAGAUGCUGUUCAGGGAAAAAAAAAAACCAAAACAACAUCUUUGCUGCUUUGGAAUGUAUUCCAAAUUUCAUUGAAAGUCCCCAUUCUCUUUGGUUAUGAGACUGGCAAGACAGAAAUUCCUGAUGUAUCACCUUCAGGAUAUUAAUUAUUAAAUUCUAUCAUGAACCACAUUGUCUUCUUUUUUUAGUGAUCAAUGCCAGGACUCUAAGUGUUUCUGUACCAAUCUUUCAGUGCUUUUUCUUGGCCUUUGUCCUUUUUUGUGAGAGCAUGACUGCAUAUAUUUUUAGUUUGGGUCAUUUGAACAACAUUUUUGUAUUCUCUGUGUUAUUAAUUUUUCUGCUGCACAUGUAACCAUCCGUGUUUAUUUUCUGUGUUUAAAUUACAGCUGUCAUGAAGCAGAAGUCUUCCCUGAGCUCUCCAACUGUGACAGCCAGUUGGGCUGAUAUCUGGCUGGACAGAUUGGAUUGAGAUACUCAGUUGGUCCAAUGCCUUAUUUGGAUUUGUAAUCCAAAAAAGCCACUUUUAAAACUGAAAUAACGCUGUGCACUAGCCCUUGCAACGUACAAUAUGUUGGCCAAACAGCUGUAGGGCAACUUCUUUGCUAUGGCCUGUGAUUCUGUAGCAGAAGUGCUACUUCUGAUGAGCCACCUGAAAGGCACAUACACCCCCAAACUGAAAAAUUGCUCAUCCUGAUUUCUCAAGCCAGGAGGUUUGGCAUUGUAAGAGGGAGGGGAGAGAGGGAAUGUGGAAGUGGAUGAAGAAAAUUACCUGCAGAGGGGCAAUAUGGAACAUCUAAAUGUUUUGAAUCCAUAGCAGGGAAAGCAGAGUAUUUAGUGACCAUCCAUUUACCUGGCCAAAGGUCUCUGCCCACCACUGGAGCUGCUUUUCCAGGGCUUGUUACAGUUUAUCAGCACUUAGCCGAGCAGCUCACCCGGCUACCUGUUGCCAUUUCAGUGCUUGAAGCUACGGCCCCCGCACCUUUGCUGACAAACUGUUUUGUGUGAGCGUUCCCUAACCCAGUGCAUUUCAUUCAUUCAGAGCGUAUCAGCUCACAUUUGCCAGUCCUUUGAACUCACAUGACAAUAUUGAAGAUCGUGUUUCCUGGGGAGCCUGCACACAUCUGCUGCCUCUGCUUCUGGCCUGGAGCAGGCUGGGUGGUCACAAACAGAAACAUGUGAAAACCGCAGCAGGUGAAGCUGCCGGAGCUCCCAUUAGAGUCAGUAAAUACCUCUGUGGAAAGUGAUGAUUUAUUCUGCUGGCAUUUAGGGCAUUAUGUGUUAGAUGGGAAUGAGAAAAGACAUUCAGAUAAAAUCAAAACCACCCUGGCCUUAAAAUCUGGACUCAAUCUUUUUUUUGAGAGUAAGAGAAUUUGGAUCAUCUCUUCAUUCUUUUGUUGCUGGUGCUGGAAGAGAAAACACAGAAAAAAAAGCAAAAAUCUGUUCUUCCCAAACAGCCAGUUAUCUUCCUUCAAGCUGAGGAGACUGGUUUAUUUUACUAAUCAAUGGUGUGGGUAGGUGAUCAUCUGAAUAGGGCAGCCAGACCUUUUAAGGUAGAUUUUCUGUGUUGUUGCUGCAAAUUUGAGAAGCAGAUGAACUAUCGUACUCUGACACGGGUUCACUCUGUGAUCACGGUCAAAUGGCCUAACAUUUCUACACUUUUGCAAUUUUACCCUCAUAAUGGAGAUUAAGAUACUGUGUCUCUCAACUGCAUUGGAAGGUUUAUCUACAGCUUGCAAAGAAAUUUGAAUACAUUGAGUGUGACACAUGUCACUAACAAAAGAAAUCCUUUUCUAAUGAAGAGAGGCAGCAUAUUUUAAUACCUUAAAUACAUGACAGAGAAGCCUACGUUUAUUUCUGAUUAUCCUGAUGACUUAUUGUCAAUGAGGUAUCACUUUAUUUUCAAGAACAUUGAUUUUCCUCUCUCUCAAAAAUUGGAUGAAUGUUGACAUACCCAAUUUUGUAACAAAUAAGGAAGUUUCCAGAUGGAAAGUAUCAGAGAGGAAAGAACGUUAUUGAUAUCAUAGCUCAUAAGCGCUGCAUACCUUGAAAUCAGAUUUCAAAUGCUUAAAUUGUUGCAUGUCGUAUUGCAAAAAGUUAACUUGGCAGCAGAAGCCUUUAAAAGGGUAUCAUUGAAUGACUUUGAUUUUAAGGAACUGUAAGUCCUUAUUUACAUAAUAGCCCAACAAGUUCAUCAGCUCAGCUCCCAUUUGUAAGAAAUGUAAUGCAUUUUGUUACAACUCUGAGCAGUUUGUAGAUUUACGGAUUGUAACACAUGACACAGGAGUCUUUUGGGUUUGACUGCAUGAUAGUUCUCAGGAGUAUACUAGUUGCCUGACAGUUACCAAGUUUAUUGAGUCUUAUUCACAUUCAGCAAGUGAAGGGAUAGACAAUGGUUACAACAGUCUGUAGUCCUCUGAUUCAGGUCAGUGAAGUUAAUUCACUUGAGAAUCUGUUUGAGAAUGAAAAUUCUCAUAACUGAUGUUGGUGUCUGACAAGUGAUCACUCGUUUCAAUUACCAAAGAGCAAUCAUUGCUCUCAGCCCCACAGCAGGUUGAGUUCUGACUUGUAGAAACAAUUUGUAAUAGUGGAUCAGAAAUGCAUUUGUUUUCAUUUGCAGUAUUUAAUUUAUUAGGCAAGCUGGGGUUGCACAGUGGUAUAGCAAUUCCAUUACAUUUCCAGCUUGAAAAAUGGCAGUUAAAAGCAAAAAACAUGCUAUUUAUUGUGCUAUCAGGAAGUCGGGCUGAAAUCUUGGCAAGUCCUUAAGGAGAUGUUAUGAUUCUGUUCUCCAAGUUUUGAACUGUAUCUCCCAAGGUGGGACUGGGUCAUUCAUACCAGUGAUGUGCAAAAGCCAGAAUUUAUAGGGCUCUUUAAAAUCCUGGGCUAAAGAACACAAUUGAUUUAGAGUUAGCUUGGUUUCCAUUUGGUUGUUGUAAAAGCGUUUCAUUUAUUGUUGGAAUUGCAAGUUUCUUCCUAUCUCUAUACCAGAAAACAUUAAAAGCAACAGCUACAAACUUUUAAUAUAACUUACAUUGUGCUCUGACACUAUAGUAAGAGUAGAAUUGCUGUGAAUUUAGAGUAGAAUUGCUGUGAAUUUUUAUACAUUAGAUUUACUGCCUGAGCCCAGGCUGUUAUAGAUAUCAAACAAUUUUAUGUUUAUGUUCUCCAAAACCAGUUUUGGUUUCACAGUGAGACCAAACUCCCCACUGGGUUACUUGUAAUUUGAGAAUAUUCUAAUAUUCUGCCUAAGCCUUAAUUUGGCUUUCUGCUUUCGAAAUUCCUUCCAGUCAUUUGAAGAGGGAAGGGUUUAAAAAACUUGCUAGAGACAAGAGAUGAGAAAUAAGAAAAAAAAAAGGUUAAUUUCUCUUUAUAAUUUUUUUUUUUAAUUGCUGUUCUUGAAAAUGUUUUCUCUACUUUUCUCUGUUGCUUUGUCAGUAUCUUAGGGAAAAUCUGCUGGUUCAUCUGCAGAAAUAAGUUAAUUGAUAGUUAGGUGGAUGUAAGCAGGGGACAGACUCACUUCUCUGCUGUUCUUAUGGCUGCUAAGAACUACCCUGUGGCUUGGAAAAAGGCAAAAGGAGCAGGCUCUACUGCUAAAAUCACUAAAACAUACCAAAACUGCUUAAAACACUGAAACAUACUAAACCUGCCAAAGCAUUCAAAACACACAAAAACCCACAAACCCACAAUAAAUCCACAAAAACCACACACUAAAAAAAUGCAGAGUGAUGUAACAUGCUACAACAUAAUAAAACAUGAAAAUCACACAAAACCCAGCAAACUAGCAAAACCUGUAAGAAACACAAAUGCUAAAACUAGGGAAAAAAAAUCCACAAAUGGUAAAACUGCAAAAUUGCUAAAAAUCCCUCACUCCAGAAGCUACAUUACAUCAGCUCUUCUCCUUGUUUCCCAGUUAAGAGUCAAGAAGACAGAGAAGUAAGGGUCAGACAGCCUGGACUUCAAAACAGGUCUCCACAACUACUUUGAAAAUUCUGUUUUACUGAUCAGAAAUUUGCUGUCUGUUUGAGGGCUGUGGGUACUUGUGAUCCAGGUCGUUCAACCCAUGAAGUGACAACAUUUGAUGUUCCAUGGAUUAAACAGCAGGUAAUUGAGCAACUAAACAAAGUAAUUAUCUAUCCUCUAAGCUAUUGAUUUCACUAUCUUUAUCAGCUAUCCAUUAACCAUAGCAAACAUUCUCUGAGAGACUGAAAGAAUAAUGACAUUAUUUGCCUAAUUAUUUGUUGCAUAGUUAGUUGCUUGUUUUUACAGUAAAAUUAUUUUUAAUGUAGAUGUGUGAUCACAUAAGACGUGAGAUUUUUGCUUUCAUCUUUUUUAUUUCAUCGCUUAUUGCCCUGCCACUAUUAUGUUCUGUGUUUCCAUGGAGUUUAAUCCGCGUGUCUCUAAAAUAUUAAAGCCACUUGAGACACUGGGUCAGCGUUGCCACGCAUGCAGUGAAUACUAAUGGAGAUGCCGUGCUUCAUCUUCCAGACUGAGUGACGAGACUUCCAGGAGAAAGAAGAAUCAGAAAACCUUUUAAGUGCUACGUGAGCAUGGUGGCUUUAUUAUAGUGUAAAUCAAAUCAAAGGAAACAUGUUCAACAAAACUUCAGAGUUUGUUAGGGUUUUUUUCAUGAAUUAGGAAAUACCACAUAGGAAAUGUACUUUUAGUUUAUGGUCUGUAUUAACUAUAUGUCUAAAUGCAAUUGUGCAGUUUCUGUAAAUGUGAUGUGUACAGCGAGUGAGUUAACGAUUGCAUAAAAGCGUUGUGUGAAUGGCAAAAUUCAUGCACAAACUAACGUGCAACAGACUGUGAUUUAUUUCUUGGCCUGUAAAAUUGCAUAAUGUGGACUUUAGAGUUGCCUGGCAAGGGUCAGCAGUUACUGGUUCCAAGAGCUGCUGUCACACUUGCAUAUUAACACAAUAUCUGAGCAUAACCCAUAAAUAUUUGGUGGGUCUUUGUAGUGUUUCUCUGAAUUGGAGGAAGAGCUGAUGAUAAAGGAAUAAAUUCAGGGUCUGUGCUCUGCAAUUAGGAUUAAAGAAUAAAGAUGGCAAGAGAAGCAGACAGGUAAUCAGGCUAAAUUAGCUGAUGGAAUAGAGGCAAAAGUUCACUUAACAAGGGAGAAGAACAGAGGAGUAGGAAGGGGAAUUUAAAAUGGUAAAUAAAUUGGUUCUGUCUUUCCCUGUAUUGUUUCCUGCUGGUCACCUCUGUUCCAAGAAAACAGGUUUGCUGGUGUGGAGCCUGGGAAGCUGGCAAUUACUCAGAGCACAGGAGCAAAAUAAUGGUGUCAAGUACAAUGCUGAACUCGAGCUUGCUGAUUUCAAUUUCUCGUCAUAGCUGUCUUGUGGUACAGACUAAAUGAUAAUUAGAAGCACUGCAGGAUCUUGUUGCUGUCACGACUGAAGUCUGAUCAUUCUGUAGCUGUUAUUUAAUUAAAUUGCUUAUAAAUUCUGCAUUACGUGACAUUAAAGAUAAGAUGCAAAAUUAUUCUUCAUUUGAUUUCCUUUCACCUUUUAAUCCAUCAAAAUUUCUAAGCCCAAACUGCUCCAUUUUGCUUUCUUCCCUGAAAAGCAGCUAGUAGUUAAUCUGUUAUUUUUAUUGUGACAGCCUGCUCCUUUCAAACUCAUUCAUGCGUUGAAGCAAAGGGCUGAGAAUUCCACUGUGACUUAAACUUUGACUUGUUUUUAUUGAGCAUAACGGGUGUGAUUAGCCAUUUGCGGAGGUAAUCAUGUGGCCACUGUUGUGUAGCAUCUGAACACAUGCAAUAGUACAAAAAUUAUCACGCAGAAUUUCCAGCCUUUGAGGAUUGUAUUUCUGAUUUCAGAUUGAACAGCUCAGAGGCUGUACAGAAAACGUGUGUGUAGAAGCAUCUCACAAGUUCUUUCUCUACUGAGGAGAAAUCUGUAGGUGGAAACUUUGGGCAAAAGAACAGUUCAGAGAACUGAAUGAGGCUCAGCUCUGCCACUAAUCUGUACAGGGCUUUUUUUUUCAAUCUUAUCCCCCACCCCUUUUUAAUUUUUUUUUUUUUAUUUAUUUUAUUUUUUUUAACCUUAUCUUCAAUGUAUCCUGAACUUUACUUAAAGAAUUGAAGUGACUGAGCAGUUGAAGGGAUCACCUCUCUGGGGGUUUCAUGCCUCUUUGCAGCUGUGGUUAUUUGAUGCUACCAUUUCUUAGUUUCUUGAGUAGAAAUCUUAACAUCCCAGAUCUCCCUUUUGUUAAAAAUCUUGAAUUAUGUCCCUAGUGGCUGAGCCGAGCCAACGUUUUUUCUUCAAAAGAAUUCAUAUACUCUGUGUAUUUUCUCUUCUUUGCCUGGACUGACUUGGAAAUGUUUUAUUCUUCGUAUGGUUUUGAUGUCUUCACUCCUAACACAAAUUGUGGAUGAUCAACUUAUGGCAUUCAUAUGGCUUAAUAAAUCUCACUUUUUUUCUUUUACCAGGAAAAAAAAAUCCUGAUGGAUCAACAUUAAAAUUGAAAGUUAAUUUCACGUAUCAGUCACCUACUGUAAAAACUACUUCCUAAUACUGAGUCCUGGUCUGCAAUUCCUUACUCUGCUUUUCAUGCUGCUUGCUGUCAAAGGCAGUUAAUGAGGAGAGCUGACAAGAGCUGAUGAUGGUCUGUGACAACGAUAGUGGGUUCACAGUGGUCUAGCAUAUUUUAUGGAUUUAAUAUUAUACAUUCUGCUCUUAAAUACAAAAGCUCCUUUAAGCAAAAAUGACCUUUUGUCUUAGCAUUCACUGGUACAUGACAACAGUGGCCCAGGAGAGCAUUACAUCCUUCUGCUACUGCUCUCCAUGUUCACGUUUAUGUUCAUGUUCGUAUUUUAAUUGGCAUUGAACUGCACCGAGUUAUCAAUUUCAGUUGACUAAAACCAAUUUAUACAUGAGAUGUUUGUACAAAAGUCUGCAUUAUUUUAAUUAAUGCGCUAUUUGCAUACGUAGUCUUCCUAAAACAAAUCCUUUUAAAUGUGUUUGGUGUUAAAGAAAAGUAUAAUAUUGCAACACUUUAACCUUCUUUGAAGACUAGUUACAUAGUUGUAGUAAUAUAUUGUCCUCUUUACAGGAAAAAAGGUCCUUCUUUAAAAAGGUGAAUAAAACAAUAAUAUAGAGGGGUUUAAAUAUAUUUAUUAAAGAACUAUUCCAAAAGUAUGAGAUUUUGGAUUGGAGACCUACUGUUUUUGGUGAAUAAUAACACUACAUGACAAAAUUAGGUACAACUUAACAUCAGUUAUGUCUCUAUUUAACUUCGAUUUCAACUUGGUCACAUCUUCUGUAUUUUUAUUGUAUUAGCACUGUGGCUUUGCUAAAAUCUGUCCUGGUCAAGUCCAGAAAACUUAGUCUUCUAUCUGUAACACCAGUAAGACACUCAUCCUUUUUGGCUUAACUUAGUCCAGAGACAAUUUUUUCAGACCCAGGUUUUUGGGUUUUUUUGGGUUUUGUGUUUUUUGUUGUGUUGUUGUUGUUUUAGGGUUUUUUGUGUUUGUUGUUGUUGCUGUUUUGGUUUGGUUUGUUUGGUUUUAUUCCAACACUAUGGUUCAGCACCUUUCAUGUACAUUUUGUUCUUUCUGGUUUAUAUUAUUGGAAGCUAAAGUGAUAGCCCUCAGUCACUGGAGAAAUUUUCAUUGCAGGGUACACAUAAUGUAGCCAGAGCAAAGAAUUCACAUGUUCACAUGAUUGUAGAGCAAUGAACAUUGUUAUUCUGCUGAACUGUCAGCUGUUAAUAAUUCCAGAUAGCAACAGCUGAAAAAUUACUGUAUAGCAAUUACACCAAUUAGGUGCUUCUAAUAAAUCAAAAUGAAAGGAACUUCACUACUGGUGCAAAAUUAGGACUAACUUUGCAUGAAUAGUUCUAAGUUACCCAGAGCAUUUCCUUUUUACUAUUCCAGAUUUACAGUCUGAAUAAAGUUUGUGGGACCAGACCAUUGGUAUGGAACUUCUGGACAAAUAACCGCUUCUAUAGCAUGUCAGCAAUGGUUUCCCUGCACCCUGAGACACAGGACAUCGUAGUUGGUUUCUGAAAUAGGAGGAUAACUUGCGGCAUGCCAGAGCAAGCGGUACGGGGAAAGAUGAAGAGCAGAGGCAGCGCUUCCCACAGUGUUUGAUAUCACGCGUGUGAGAAGCCAGGCAGUGGGUGAGGGACAAAGCAAUUCCACAUAACGAAGCUUCACCCCAGUUACUGUUGGGAACAUGAUGCUGCAGAGGACAUGAAUGUACAUUUUGUCUGGGCAAGCUUGGCAGGAAAGAAAAUACUUUUGCACUUAUGAUCUAGUAUUUGUUAUUUUGAGUUGCCCAAGAAGCACAGCUACCAAGGAAAAUUUUCUAGCUGUUUUAUUCUGAGCAAGCAUAUACACAUGUGCUGCCUACAUAUUCCAUGAUUAAUUAAUGUUUUGUGUGUCUGAGACUCCUUAAUUAGACUAACAAUUGAAAUUUCAUUCAGCAAUGCAGGAUCCAAUUUGUAUCAGAAAAGCCCGUAGUAAUUAUUAAUAAUGUAAAAGAGAGGACCUGGAUGUGAUUUAAAUAAAAAUUUUCAGCAAAAGAAAUUAAAUAAAUGCUCAAUAUUCCUGUGAGAGGAGAAAAGUAAGUCUCCAAUCACUUUCUCACUGUGCGAUUUUAUUCGAAACUGGUCUGUCAUGCUAAUUCAAGGAUUAGUUCUUGCUAUUUAACCCCCUGUUCCUUGUCUCCACAUGGUUUCAAAUUAUGAAUUCCUCUAGCAAUAGAACUAAUAUUAGUGAGAACAUAUCUCAGAUUUCUACAUAGAAAUAACUGCAUCUUGGGCAGUGACACCUGUGUACACUUACUGAACUUUCUAAAGGAAGCACCUAUAAAAUAUUAACUAUCUAAUAACAAUUUAGUCAAUACAUUAAUCAUAAUUUUAUUUUUUUAACAGGUUAUGUUAGGUUAUGUGAUUAAGGGCUCAUCUCCAUGACACAAUGAAGCAUAGAAGCAUCAUGGCAGCUGGGGGAAGCCCAAACAACUCAGUCAGGGGGUUACUGCCUGGGGGUGUGGGACACGUUAUGGGAUAUGGGGAAGAGCAUUUGGGGAUUGUAUGAUACAAGACCUAUGACGGGAUGUUUAGAAGAGGAACCAAAGGUGGGGAAAGGGAAGGGCUGAGGUGGUUUGAGGAGGGCCAAGUAUGAGAAAAUAGAAAGGUAAGGGAGUAAAAGGGGACAGCCAUGUGUAAGCAGGGCUGGUCAGUAUGCUCAUCUGACCAUCCCCUGCAUCUCGUCAGCACCGUCUGCCCUAUCUUCUCGUUAAACUCCACUUCUGACUCUUGUCCUGAGGGAAGAGAAUCUCUGUUCUGCAUGUACAUGUGUGUGUGCAGAUUUAAGUGCCAGCAACUGGUGUAGGGACCAUGGGUCACAGCAGGUGUCUUUGUGUCUGCAGUGGGAAGGGUGGGGGUUUGUGCCCAUCGUCUGGGCAUGUAUGUCAGGCUGCGAUCACUAGUGACUAUCACCAGGACCAGUGACAAGUAGGAUAAGAGGCUUGUGAGCCAUGUAUAGAGGCGGCUGGAGUUCUGUGUCAGAUGCCAGAGAGAUCAGUGUCACAAGAUGCCUAAUGGAAGGACCAAGAGGUCCAAGCCAUCCCCUAGGGAGGCCAUGGUGUCUGGGCCUGACUGAGACCAGUUUGCAUGUCUGUGCCUGUGUGUGAGGCAACAGAAGCUGAGAGGAUCCAAGGGCCAUGCUGAACAUGUGUGUACAUAUUUUCCACCAAUGGACCUUCAUUCUGAUCAGCCAGAAAGAGAACAGGAUGAGGCCACUGGUGCAAUCUGUGUGUGCGUGAGUGUUUCUGUCUGGGGUAACAUGUGCGUGCAUGUGUGCGUAUCGUAUACUAACAUGAGCAGUGUCUGGUGUCUCCUGGUUACCACAAUGUGAGCUUUCCUAUACAUCAGGUACAUUGAGUACUGGGGGUGAGAGGGAUCAGUGCUGAGGCAAAUAUAUGGAUAAAUAAAAGCAAGAUACCUUGUUUAGUCUGGGCCACAUUUAGACCAUCUCGGAGUUCCUGUAAAAAAAUGAUACUUUUUUGAUAUCUUUCAUCCUGUUUAUCUCUAAGUAUUGUUAUGUAUUUUCAGCUGUUAUUUGACUAAUUUUCUGUUGUUUGAUAUUUUGAUCCUGUCUAAGGAUGGACUGUAGUUAGUACUGAAAAAAGAAGUUUCUUACAGGGCACUCCGUACCUAACCUGAGCUCAGCUGCAGUUUUGGACACAUAAAGGAUGCAGCUCCUCACAUUCAGCAGAAAGGUACGGAAAAUGUAGAACUCACGGUGGCUACGCUGCUGCAAUGCAGUCCUUGAGGAAUCUCUGCUUCACUUCUUCAGACAAGGAUGAAGAACGCCUAAUGCAGAUGGAGGAGCAAAACAAAAUGCUGAAAGAAAAAUUAGUAUCUCGUCUCCGAUUUGAAGCAGAGAGGACAGAGUCAUCCUCAGUGGAGCAGAAAUACCCUAUUCUUCGCACAGCAGUUUACAGAGGAAGCACAGAAAGGAAAUACAAAGCACCAAUAACAGAGGAAGGCAUGUGCUUUGGAAAUGUACCUUCAGGAACACAUAAGGAGGGAAGAAAAGAAUCUGUUUGUCAGCCUACUAGCACGUCAGAGCAUGUGACAGUGAAGUUAAAAGGGAGCAUGACAAAACCCACAGCUUUUAGAAGCGAAGGAGUUGAGCAUGGGUUUGGCAUAUCACCUUCUUCUCCUGUACAUGAUUUCCCUCGUCUAAGUUUCUUUAAGCAAGAAGACUGCGUAAUGGGCCUUGAAUAUACUUUUUCCAACAGAUAUAAUACUAGAAAAACUGAAAUGCAAACAUCUGUUUUGGAACCAAGUGACCAUAAAAAGACUCGUGAGCAACAAAAGCUUGAAAAAUCUUACAAAAAGCCUGUGAGAACUAGAGUUUAUUCUUAUGAUAGAACAGCAAUUGAUGAUGAUGUUAUAACACAUAUCUUGAGGCUUCGAGGCAAACUUGGCUGGGAAACAAAGCUAACAUCACGUGAAUGGUUAGCUAGAAAGGAUGACAUGGCCAAACUUCAGGACUUCAAACUUACGGAACCUUUACAGCUAAAAGAUAGUGGGGAAUAUAUAUAUUGUCUUCAACGAAACAGGAACAACUUUAAAGCUCCGUACAACCCGUAUGAUUUACAGCCUGUAUCUACAAAUACAGCUAUGCAAAAAGAAGAAUAUUGGACUGUUUCAGCUUCAUUUGUGGCUAAGUUUUCUUCAUGCCAUAAAAUAGGAGAAACGGAAAUAAAACCAGUGCUACAAUGGCUGCAGGAAAGACAACUGUAUUAUAGGUUAAUCGAUUUGAAUUUCUUUUCCAAUUUCAGACUAUCGGGUUCUGCCUCUGGGCUGGCAUUGCAAAAGCUUGAUGUGUACUUUCCCAGGCUUCAGCAGGUGCCUUAUCCUGUAGCUUGGCUGUUGUUUUUUGUGUGUGUGUAUAAUGAAGAAAUACUUUCUAGUCUGGAAAACUAAUGUUAGAAGAAGCAAGAUGAACAAGACCAAGUGAAUUUGAAUGUAGGUUUUUCCUGGGAAAAGAAUUAAAGAAUACUUCAUCUCCUGCUGUACACUUUACCAAUUUGUGUCUUAUUUUCCUUAAAUAUUUUAUAAAUCAACAAAGACCGUUAUACAAAUGUCAGAUUACCUGUUGAUAGCAGCAUGGAAGACUUACUGUAAUAAAAUUUUUGUGUUAAUUUUAUCUUACUGUGAAUGAGCCUGGAAUUUUAAUUGUAGAAAUCCAAGCUUUAAUUUGUUGUUUGUCUAGUGCUAAGCACAGUAGGACUCUGCUUUAUGACUUGGGAUUUUUGCUAUAAGUGGGAUGAAAACAAUAAUUAAUACAGUGCUAUAUUGUAAAAUGAGAGUGGUUGCACCCAAUCCAGGCUGAAUAUGUGCCAAAUGAGAAGGUGGAAUUCAGUCUGUAUGUCAAUGUGAGUAAACAGAGUACCAUCACACUUCACCUAUUCUCCUUAAGGCCAUCCUUGAUUAGCAUGUAAAUAAUAUUUGUAUUGUGCAGGCUUGAUGAUAAAAAAGACACUGUUAAUUCUUCACAAGAGAUUUUUUUUCCCCCUUUUAUGAGAAGGUAUCCUAUAGUUAAAUUAGUCUUACAGGUUUUUAAUUAUCCAUUGUGUUAGAAAGAAACUACUUUCUGAGGCUUAAAUCAAAAUUAUUAGCUUUGUGCUGAGAACCAUAUGGAUUAGAUCUUUCACUUGUACCUAGGGGUGAGGAACUGGAAAAGGUUGAUGGCCCUUUUCUUCCAUUUGAACAGUCAAGUGGAAAAGGCAUGAACUGUCAAGUAGACAUUUGUCUAAUUUUAAAGUUACUGAAAUAGGAAAGGUACUCAAGUAAACAGGGUUUUUAACUGUGUAACAUCUGAAAACUGUCAUUAGUGGAAUGUACCAUUAAAAAUAAUAUGAGUCAGCUUCUGAAAAAAAUCAUGGCUUUGCUUGGCGUUAGUCAGACACAUUCAUUAAUUCAUACAUUAAUGCUUAACAGAUACAUAGUGCUUUCUCUAAAAGCAGGUUUUUUGUAGGUGGUAAGUUCAUAGAAAUUCUGUUGGGGCACUUUAAAUGACCUGAAUACAGAGUAUUUUUAGUAUGUUAUGUCAAAAUCAGAUUUGUCUUUUGAAAUGUUUUUAUAUUCUGAAAUCAUAUGGUCUUAACUGUAACCUUUUUAUAAACUACAAAUUAGUUCUGAUGUUCUUCAUACUUCAGCAUUUGAAUAAAUUUGUGGGUGAGCUGUUCCUGUAAAUAAAGAUGGUAAAAUAAUGUA